GUCAUGGCAUGGAAGAUACGGUGCUUGAUAUGAAAUUCUACUCACAGUGGAAAUAUGGAGGAAGACUGUAAAAAACAAAGUAAAGGCCAGUCAAAUAGUCCAUGCAGAUCUCUUCGCUCAUAUGUCAUAUUGACGGUUUUCCUGGUCCUGCUCCUGUGCUACUACAUCAUCCCUAAUGAAAAGUCAACAUCCUGGGCUAUAGCAGUUGGAUUAUCUCUUCCAGAGAAAUUAGCUGCUCAAACAACUAACGCUUCGCUAAAUAGAGCAGUGACUUCUGCAGAACGCUGGAAACCCCCGGAACCAUAUUAUGUGGCUUACCCAUACAAGUACAAUUUAGUUUUGAAUGAACCAGAGAAGUGCCAGAAGGAAAACCCUUUUGUGAUAUUAAUGGUACCAGUAGCUCCAAGCAAUACAGCUGCCCGGGACACCGUUCGUUCGACUUGGGGAUCGGAGAGGUUGGUUGGGAAAAAGACUGUGAGCAUAUUAUUUCUGUUGGCUCUACCCACUUCAGAAGAUAGAGAAACGCUUCAACAAAAUUUGCUGCAGGAAAGUGAGAAGUAUCAUGACCUUAUACAAAGUGAUUUCUGGGACAGUUACUACAAUCUCACCAUUAAGACAAUGGUAAUGCUAGAAUGGCUGUCUGUUUACUGUCAGAAUGCCCCCUUCGCAAUGAAAGUUGAUGCUGAUAUGUUUCUCAAUGUGAAAAAUUUAGUGGAUAUGCUUCGGUCUGCACCAAAGCAGAACUAUAUGACUGGACUUGUGGCUAGGAAUGCGAUGGUAUUGAGAGACCCCAGAUCUAAAUGGUAUCUUCCAAAAACCGUUUACAGCCCACCGUUAUAUCCACCCUAUGCCCUGGGCUUGGGAUACGUUUUCACUCUAGAUCUGCCAGAGAAACUUAUUGAAGCAGCCCAACAUGUCAAACCAGUUUACAUAGAGGAUGUGUACAUAGGUUUAUGUAUGAAACAUUUAGGACUUCCUCUAACCAAUCCACCUAAUGGAGGCCUGUUUAAUGUCUUCCCUGUGCAAUACAACCGCUGCCGCUAUUCGAAACUCAUAGCCACGACGACACAUAGCAUGAGAGACCAAGUGGAGUUCUGGAAGGAUUUACAGAGACCUGGUCCGUAUUGCUAACAACAAAUAGCUCGAACUGUUGCUUGCCAGUCGUUUUACUACAUGGACAACCAAAAAAAGACUAUAACAAAAGCUGAAGAUGAAAACAGCAUAUAAAUGUUUGAAGAUCAAGGUAAGGUAAAUAAGACUGAAAAACAAAAACAGUUUUAAACCUUAAAAAGACAUUACUUGAACUGUACUAGCAACUGUUUUCGUUCAUCACGUGACAGCCCCCUAAGAUGAACGAAUGACUCGAAAAACCUGAAGACUCGUAACAGGUGAACUAAUUCCAGUACAGAACCUAAUAGGAUGUUGUGCAUGCACGACUGAACGAAUCACUCCCUGAGAUGACUCGUUCUUCCUGAGUCACAUUAAAGAUUCGUUCAAAAUGAAAGAAACGUUGAAGAACGACCCUUUAAUAAUUCGUAGCAUCGUGGACGUACAUCUCAGAGCCUGUGCUACACGAGCUUUUGUGCUUAAAAAUAUAAAAAUUUUUAUUUUGCAAAAAAAGCUAGACAAGACCCUUCUUCCUCGGCUGGGAUCAUUUAGAAGCUGCAUUUAAACUACAUUUUGGAAGUUAAAAUCUGGGCACCAAUGAAAAAUCCUGAAAUGCUUUCCUCCAAAAACAUAAUUUCUUAACGACUGAAGACAGAAAGACAUGAACAUCUUGGAUGACAAGGGGAAUGAAGGGCCAGGUCAGCUGCUCAGCUCUUCCCAAAAAAAGUGAUAUUCAUAGAUAGAUGCUGUAUGCAAAGAAGAGGCCAUAGCUUAACAAGAAGAUUUGUUAAACAAAUUGUAUUGCCAUGAAAAGAAUGGGUGGCAUUUGUAAGCUUUCAGUAGCUAGAGUGUCUUUAAAGCAUUUGUUAAUAUAUGUGGACAUUAGAAAUAGAUAAAUGUAAUGGAAACUAAAAGGAAACUUUUCACAGACUUACACUGAAUCUGAUUAUAGCAUUUUAUGGUUUUAUGUUGAUUUCAGUUGUGUAUUCUCUUUGGACAUUUUUUUUUCACAAGACUGUGUAUUGUAUACAAGUUCAAGAGUGCAAACUUAGACAACAUAUUAAGGGUAUACAUUACUAGUCUGGUACUAAUAGGCAUCCUUCAGGGGUAAAGAAGGUACAAAGGUGUCCCACUAAGGGUACUGCCCCAGUGACAAGCUGUUGUACUACUCAGUGAAUCGCUCUUUAUUAAUUGAUAAUAACUUUAAGCAUUUAAAGGUGUUGUCAGGAAGGUGUUGCAUUCUAUCACCAUUUCCUAGGAAGAAACUGGUGUCUCAGGAGCAAGUCCUUACACGAAAAAUUAUGAAUUCUAAAUGAGUUGGGCUUGUAACCGAAAGGUUGCGAGUUUGAGUCCCAAGUCCGGCAGGGAUUGAAGGUGGGGGAGAGUGAAUAAUCAGCACUCUCUCCACCUUCAAUACCACGACUGAGUCGAGUCCCUUGAGCAAGGCGCCGAACCCCCAACUGCUCUGUGUGUGUGUGUGUGUGUUCACUACUGCAUGUGCACUUGGAUGGGUUAAAUGCAGAGUGCAAAUUCUGAGUAUGGGUCACCAUACUUGGCCACACGUCACGUCACGUCACGUCACGUCCUUUCCUUCCCUUCCUUCCUUCCAUUAAUUAAAAAAAAAAAAUUGACAGGUCAUUCAUGUGUUUUGUUUCUGUCAUGUGACAAAACAACUUGGGAACUAGUAAUUUAUGUUUCUAGGAUGCAAUCAUUGGCUGCAUUAUAUUGAUUUUCUCAAAAAGAAUAUGCUUAAAGAUUGCAUGGAUGUGUUUGAGGAAUUUGACUAUUGAAAAUAUGACAUUUUUAAUCAAGUCAGUAAAAUGAUAUGAUGACCUUCAGUUUAAAUGGCCUGUGAUUGGAGAAGUCUAUGUUCUACUGUCAGGAUUAGCUAAAUAUUCAACAUAUAACUAUUUAUAUAACUAUAUAUAAUAUCUAACUAUAAAAUGUGCCUCUUAUAGUAUCACACCACAUUAAAUUCUGAUAGCACAUUUUUAAUGUUUUAUGUUCCUGAUGGCCCUGAUACAUAAUUUCUUUAAGGCAUUAAAUGCUGUGUUUUUAUCACCCAUGUGCUAAUGCUGUUUAAAUUUAAAUUGUAAAUGUUUUAAUUUGAAAUUCAAAUGCAGGUUCAACUGAAACUGUGUAUAAUCCCACCUGUUAAUAUUUGAUUUGGUAAAAAGUAACAUUUUAUUUCAAUAUUUUAUUAUGGCAUUAAAGCGGAACUACAGACCCAGUGUUUACAAAGGGAACACGCAAAGACUAAGAAAGUCAAACGCUGUUUACAAACAAAAAGGUACAACGAUGUCAGACGAUUCUGAAGUUGUAGGAGAAAAUGAGAUGGAAUUUUUCAUCAUAGUCCACCUUUUUGAGCCGGAGUACACAGACGAUGAACUUAGAAGUGAAUCGUAGUGUCAUGGACACGCAUCCCAGAGCCUGUGCUACACAAGCUUUUGUGCAUAAAAAGUAUACAAAUUUUUAUUUUUCGAAAAAAAUGACAGAUUGUUUCGCUAGAUAAGACCCUUCUUCCUCAACUGGGAUUGUUCAGAGCCCUUUGAAGCUGCAUUUAAACUACAUUUUGGAAGUUCAAAAUCAAUGAAGUCCAUUAUAUGGAGAAAAAUUCUGAAAUGCUUUCCUCAAAAAUGGAUAGUUGGCAUGUGAUAACGCACAUGACAGGAAGCAGGAAAUGCACCUGUAUAAAUACAAACUGACAGACACUAAAUGCAACAGCCACUAAUCUGGUUUGAGGAGUUGCCAUUUUGUGGACCUUCUAGACACAAAUUCAUGGAUUUGGAUUAUGACAUUAUUAUCCACACUAGGACU